AUGACUUUCGUUGGGCCUUUACCGGGGUUUAUGGUCCAGUUCGUGGAGGGGAGAGGUUUUUUUUUUUUGGAGGAGUUGCAGAGCAUUGGUUAUCGCUGGGGGGUUCCCUGGUGUGUGGGAGGGGAUUUCAAUGUGGUUCGCUGUAUGGCGGAAAAGUCUAGGGUAAUUUCGGGGUUGGGUUCAAUGAGACGUUUCUCUUUGUUCAUUGAUGAGAUGGAGUUGGUCAAUUUUCCGCUUCAGGGUGGUAGUUUCACUUGGUCCGGGAGUGGAGUGAUGUCUCGAAUUGAUCGAUUUUUGGUGUUGGAUGAGAAGGAAGGUGCUGGGGUGUUAUCUGCAGUAGAUAUGUCUAUCCGGGUGGAGGUUCGUAAGGAGUUUGGCCAUCUUGCACACAUGGAAGAGAUCGGUUUUCGCCAGAAGUCUAGAUGUUUGUGGCUAAAGGAUGGGGAUCGAAACACGAAGUUUUUCCACCAUAUAGCAAAUGUUCAUCGCCAGGUUAAUCAAAUAGGGCGAAUUCGAGUGAAUGGGGUGGAUUUUUCGACCUCCGAGGGAGAAGGGUGGAGGGCGGGUCUGGAUGGGGUAAUUUUCAAUGUCAUUUCGGAGGCAGUUUGUACGUCAUUGGAGAGGCCAUUUUCUAAAGAGGAAGUGUUUGCAGCAUUGCAUAGUAUGUCUGGAGAUAAGGCUCCUGGUCCAGAUGGGUUUACAAUUUCCUUUUUCCAACACUGUUGGGGGGUGGUUAAAACAGAGGGUGGGGCAGAGGAUAUUCGAGAUUUUCGUCCUAUUAGUCUUUUGGGCAGUGUGUAUAAGCUGUUAGCUAAGGUUUUGGAGAAUCGGUUACGGGUAGUGCUAGAUGGGGUGGUCUCGGAUUCUCAAAAUGCUUUUGUGGGGGGUAGGCAAAUUUUGGACACGGUGCUUGUGGUGAAUGAGUGUGUGGAUUCGUGGUUGCGUCAAGGGAAACCGGGGUUAAUAUGUAAAUUAGAUAUCGAAAAGGCUUAUGAUAAUGUGAAUUGGCAGUUUUUGAUGUACAUGUUGGAGAGGUUGGGUUUUGGGGAAAGAUGGUGGCGUUGGGUUUUGUUUUGUAUUUCUACAGUGCGGAUGUCGGUGUUGGUUAAUGGGUCUCCGGAAGGUUUCUUUCCGACUCAACGAGGAUUGCAACAGGGUGAUCCUUUAUCUCCUUUGUUAUUCAUCUUGGUUAUGGAGGCUUUGGGGCGUUUGUUGGCUAGAGCGGUGCAACAAGGUUUGUUGAAAGGAUUUGAGGUCGGGGUGGUUCCAGGGGUGGUGGAGGUGUCUCAUUUGUUUUAUGCAGAUGAUGCCCUCAUUUUCUGUGAUGCGGAGGAGGAGCAUAUUGGGUACUUGAGAUGUGUGCUUUUGUGUUUUGAGGCGGUGUCCGGGCUUCGAGUGAAUUUAGCAAAGUCCGAAUUGAUCCCGGUGGGGGAGACGGCGAGAACUUCGAUUUUUGCCACUAUUUUAGGGUGUAAAGUGGUUUAUUUGCUUGUUACAUAUUUGGGCUUGCCUUUGGGGGCUUCUUUUAAGGCCAAACGAGUAGGGGAUGGGGUCGUGGAUAAGGUGCAACGGCGGUUGGCAAGAUGGAAGCGACAGUAUUUGUCAAAGGGUGGUUGGCUUGUAUUGAUUAAAAGUGUUUUAGCAAGUAUUUCGACUUAUUUUAUGUCUGUUCACGUGAUCCCGGUGUCAGUAGCAAGGUGGAUUGAGCAGCUGCAACGGCACUUUUUGUGGGGUGGUGGAGGUGAGGGUGCUCAUUAUCAUUUAUUAUCAUGGGAUCAGAUCUGCCUGCCUAAGGAGAGCGGGGGUUUGGGGGUUCGGAGGUUGGUCUUGUUUAAUUUGGCUUUGCUGGGGAAGUGGUUGUGGCGUUUUGUGGUGGAAAAGGAGCAGCUUUGGAGAAGGGUGGUGGUUGCUAAGUUUGGUAUGGGUAGGGGGGAGUGGUGUUCCAAAACGGUGGGUCUUUCUCAUGGUUGUGGUGUGUGGAAGGGGAUUUGGUUAGGUCGGGAGGCUUUUUGGAGUAGGGUGCGGUUGAAAGUUGGUACGGGGGAUCGAGUUCGGUUUUGGAGGGAUAGGUGGUGUGGUGACUUGUCUUUAGAGUUUCAAUUCCCUUUGAUCUUUGCUAUUGCUGUUGAUUAUGAGGUGUUGGUGGCUACUGUCAAGAUUGGGGAGGGGCAAUCGACGGUGUGGAAUGUGCAGUUGCGUCGCAAUGUUCAGGAUUGGGAGCAAGAUCAGUUGGUGGAACUUUUGGGCUUUUUAUAUGGUUUGAAGUUUGUGGGGAACGGUCAGGACUCUUUGGUUUGGGAUUGUCCUAGAUCCAAAGGUAUUUUUACUUUGUCUUUUUUUUAUAGAAGGCUUGUUCAGGAUGGGUUUGCACAGGAUGUUGCUAGGGUUUAUCCGUGGAGAGGUGUUUGGUUGUCGGGCUUGCCUUCAAAGGUUGCCUUUUUUGUUUGGACAGCAAGUUUGGGUGGUGUCUUGACCAUUGAUAAUUUGAUUUGUCGUGGGCAUAUUUUGGUAAAUUGGUGUUGUUUGUGUGGUAGGGCAACAGAAUCAGUUGACCAUUUGCUUAUUCUUUGA